AUGCCCAAUGUUCGUGCGGUCGGCUCGGGUACGAAGGUUGAGGACCUGCCGCUGCUCAACGCGCCCGACCAGCUCCAAGAGAGCCGGGAAGCCACGGCUGAGGAGGCCGAGGCCUUUGCCGAGGACUUCCAGACCCCGCCCAGCAGCUGUGGAAGCAGCUGGCAUCCGCCGACGGAUUCCGAUGAAGACCCAGAAGAGGUAAGAAAGAGACACGAGCCGGAUGAGGAUGGCAAGUUCUGGGAUGACCCGCUCUGGUUCGGAAAGACGAAGAAAGAGAUCGAGUACGCGACGGAGUUGGAGAAGUCGAAUGGCAACGCCGCCAGCCGUGACGGUGACUGGAAGAAGGCGAACAGGUAUUGGAAAAAUGCGUUACGGGGCGCAGAGAAGCUGCAGGACGCUGACACCGAGUUCCGGCUCCACUCAAACAUGGCGCUCGGAUACACAAAGCUCAAGAAGAUCGAGAAAGCCUUGGACCAUUGUGACAAGGCCUUACGGGAGCGGCUCAAGAUUGCAGUGGCGCCCGAGCUCCGCGCCAAGGUCCACUACCGCAAGGCCGAAGCCUUCGAAGCUGCUGGCGAGGUGUCCAAGGCUAUGGCCAGCUGUAAGCUCUCGUUGGAGGUGAACCCAGAGAAUCCGGAUGCUCGGAAGAAGCUGACGCAGCUGAAGGCGCAAGAGGCCGAGCAGCGCAAGCGUGAACGGUCGCUCUUCGCAGGCUUGCGUGGAGUUUGUGCUGCCCCCGCUGGCAUCCCAGACCCCCAGGCGCCAAAGACAGCGCCAGAGGCCGCCGGGCCCGAUUCUUCUGAUGAGGAGCUUGCGGCGCAAGGCGGCGAAGAUAGUGACGUUGAGGAACUGACCCCGGAGCAAGAGAAGAUUCUCGAGCAGGGACUGACAGACCGUGGCGCCUCUGCAAGGUUGCUAAGCAGUCUGGGAAUGGCGGCCAAACAAGGUCCAGCAGACCCAAGCCUGGUGCAGCCGUCGAACAUGACUGUGGGCCCGGAGGUUUUCUGGACACCGGAGAACUUCAAAGGCAAGAAUGUGAGGCAGAGCCUCGCGAAAGAGAGCUUGUAA